AUGUUGAGAGCGUUGACACUUUCUCUCGCCUUUCAGUCUCUGGCUCUAGGGGCCGUGACUGGCUCUGGUUCUCCUGGUGGUGAAGACCCCAUCUCCCAUCUCGACCGUCGCGAUGAGACAUUCGACUACAUCGUCGUUGGUGGUGGCACCGGAGGAAAUGUAAUGGCCACACGCCUCGCCCAGCAGUCCUUCAAGGUGGCGCUGGUCGAAGCGGGCGGGACUUAUGAGUUUGAAUCCGUCGCUGCCGUCCCUGCUGCGGACGUGCUGCCUGUUGGAUCAGACCCUGAGACCAAAGCUGGCAUCGACUGGGGAUUCGUCACCGAGGGACAACCGGGUGCGAGUAACCGGGCGAUCCACUAUGCGCGGGGAAAGUGUCUGGGUGGAUCCUCGGCUCUCAACUUUAUGAUCUACCAACGACCCACGAAAGAAUCCAUGUCACAAUGGGCCAAAGAAGUCGACGAUGACAGCUACGAGUUCGACCAGACCCUGCCCUACUACAAGAAGAGCGUCCACUUCACGCCCCCCGACACCAAGCUGCGGUUCCAGAAUGCGACAACCGGAUACGACGAGAGCGCCUUCGACCCCAAGGGCGGACCGCUCGAAGUGUCCUACUCCAACUACGCGAUGCCCUUCUCCACCUGGAUGCGAAAGGGGAUGAACGCGAUUGGUAUCAAGGACAAGGAGGAUUUCAACUCGGGUGAGCUGAUGGGGGCACAGUUCUGCUCAUCGACGAUCAACCCGAAGGACGAGACAAGGAGUAGUUCGCAGUCGUCAUUUUUGAUUGAUAUCAAGCCGGACAGUUUGAAGACAUACACGAACACGCUGGCGAAGAAGAUCAUCUUCGAGGGGAAGAAGGCGACGGGCGUGGAGGUGCAGAGUGGAUGGAGUAGCUUCACUCUAACAGCGUCCAAGGAGGUGAUCGUCUCUGCGGGUGCCUUCCAGUCUCCGCAGCUGCUGAUGGUGUCUGGUGUUGGUCCGGCCGAUGUGCUCAAGGAGCAGAACAUUGAGGUCGUGAAUAACCUCCCUGGGGUUGGCCAGAAUCUGUGGGAUCAUCCGUUCUUUGCGCCUUCGUAUCGGGUGCAGGUGCCGACUCUCACCACCACCGCCACGAAUCUCCUUGCUGCGGCUGGCCAGUUCCUCAGCUCUGUCACCACCAAGUCUGGUCCUCUCACGAACCCUGUUGCUGAUUAUCUUGCCUGGGAGAAGAUCCCAGAUUCGCUUCGCUCUGCCUUUUCCCAACAGACCAAGACUGACCUGGCCAAGUUCGCCGACGACUGGCCUGAAGCUGAGUACAUCUCCGGCGCAGGAUACAUCGGCAACUUCUCCAACCUCCUCCCGACCCAGCCCAAAGAUGGCUACCAAUACGCUUCCAUCCUCGGCGUCCUCGUCGCGCCUCUAUCCCGUGGCAACGUCACCCUCAAAUCCUCCGACACCAAUGACCUCCCCAUCAUCAACCUCAAUUGGCUCAGCGACAAGGCAGACCAGGAAAUGGCCGUGGCGAUGUUCAAGCGCAUCCGCUCUGCCUUCCAGAGCAAGGAGAUGGCCCCCGUCGUCAUCGGCGAGGAGUACUAUCCCGGCACGAAGACGCAGUCCGAUCAGGAGAUUCUUGAGUUCAUCAAGGAUAACAUCAUGACGCUGUGGCAUGCGGGGUGUACGUGUAAGAUGGGCAAGAAGGGAGACGAGAUGGCGGUUGUUGAUAGCCAGGCGAAGGUGUUUGGGGUGGAGGGGUUGAGGGUUGUCGAUGCGAGUGCGUUUCCUUUCUUGCCGCCGGGACAUCCUCAGUCGACAGUUUAUAUGCUGGCGGAGAAGAUUGCAGAUGAGAUUAUCAAGGGCAACUAA